CGCGUGUUGUUUUCUGUCAUAAACACGCACCACCGCUUGAUGUUGGUGGUUCGAUUUCUGUGCUUUUGGACGAUUAAACAAGAAAAUUAUUGUUGUUUUGUUCAUAUUGGGUGUUAAACCGCGUGCAUAAGAUGGCCAUGUACGUGUUGUACGAGCACGCGGCCGGGUAUGGGCUGUUCAGCGUGAAGGAGUUUGAGGAAAUCGGUAUGCUGCUGCCGCAGGUAGAAGCAUCGGUUUUGGACCUUUCUCGUUUCAAUGCCAUCGUGAAGCUGGUCGGUUUUCAUCCGUUCAAGACGGCCAUGGCUGCGCUGAACAAUGUCAACGCCAUCUCCGAGGGUUUGCUGCCGGACGACCUGUCCGCCUUCCUGGACACGACGCUGCCUAAGUCGUCGAAGAAGAAGGUCACACUGGGUGUGGCCGACGCGAAGCUUGGUGCUGCAAUCUCCGAGGCGCUGGAGGUCCAAUGUUCGCACAUUGGGGCCGUGCCGGAGAUUUUGCGCGGCAUCCGGCACCACUUCGUGAACAUGGUGAAGGGAUUCACGGACCAGUCGGCUGGUGUGGCGCAGCUCGGUUUGGGCCACAGCUAUUCGCGCUGCAAGGUGAAGUUUAACGUGCACCGUUCGGACAACAUGAUCAUCCAAUCGAUCGCCUUGCUGGACCAGCUGGACAAGGACGUCAAUACGUUCUCGAUGCGUAUCCGCGAGUGGUACUCGUACCACUUCCCAGAGCUGGUGAAAAUUGUCAACGACAACUAUCUGUUUGCUAAGGUGGCGCACUUUAUCAAGGAUCGUAAAUCGCUCACGCAAGAAAGUCUUGUCGGACUCGAGGAGAUCGUGAUGGACGCGGAGAAAGCACAGUCCAUCAUCGAUGCGGCAAAAAUGUCCAUGGGUAUGGACAUUUCCGUGAUCGACCUGCUGAACAUCGAAAUGUUUGCCAUGCGGGUGGUCCGGCUGUCCGACUACCGACAGGAACUGGCCGCUUAUCUAGGCUCGAAAAUGAACAGCGUCGCUCCGAACCUGCAGGCCCUAAUCGGCGAUCAGGUCGGUGCGCGGCUCAUCUCGAAGGCCGGCAGUUUGACCAAUCUGGCCAAGUUCCCCGCGUCGACGGUGCAAAUUUUGGGCGCCGAAAAGGCACUCUUCCGUGCGCUCAAGACCAAGAGCAACACACCCAAGUACGGUUUGCUGUUCAACUCUGCGUUCAUUUCACGCGCUACGCUAAAGAACAAGGGACGCAUUUCGCGUUUCCUGGCCAACAAGUGUACGAUUGCGUCCCGCAUCGAUUGUUUCACCGAAACACCCACCCAGGUGUUCGGUGAGGCACUCAAGCAGCAGGUUGAGGAUCGGCUGAAGUUCUACGAAAGCGGAACCGUCCCGCGCAAAAAUUUGGAUGUCAUGAAGGAGGCCCUCGAGGUGGUUCAGACGGAGGCGGCGCAGUCUAAGAAAAAGAAGAAAAAUAAGCGUGCGCUGGAGGAUACGAACGGUAGCGCGGCGGCAGAAGCAAACGGCAACGGUGUCGAUGGGCCGCAAAAGAAAAAGAAAAAGAAGAAGUUUAACGACACGAACGGAGAAGAUGCCGCCGACGAAUCGGUCCUGAACGAUUCGUCCGCCGUGGCCGACGUUUCGAACGGUGAGCUGAAGAAGAAGAAAAAAAAGAAAAACAAAAAUGGAACAGCUGAGGCAUAAUCCACUAGCAUUUUGUUGGUUUCUAAACGAUAGAUUAGUUUGUGGCAUAUAAGGCAUUGACAUAAUAAGAUACAUAGAAGUUACGGCCAGUUUAUAAUGGUCAGAAUUACCGAAAUCUUCUUUCAGCAAAUUUAUAUUUUCCUUUAUUUUACAUUCUUUUUUCAUGUAAAGUGUAUUCGAGCAUGGCAAUUCAGUGUACCGAAAUAAACUUAUCCUUACAAAUACACAA